AUGCAAUUAAAAAGUAGUGAACUUUUAUUGAAUAUAAGAAUUGUUUUCUCGAGUUUUGUUGUGGCUCAUUUAGUGUAUGCAGCUAUUGUUCUACUAUCAAUAGACCUCACUCAGGACGAAGAUCCAAAGAUCAGUGCUUAUGGCAGACUACGCUGGAGAUUGCUUACUUGCUGGUUUAAUCUGUUCAUGCUUCUAUAUUUCCCUGUAACAAUUUACUGCGAUUGGAAACAAAAAAUGGGAAAAUGGGAUAGUAGAAGAGUGACACUGUUACGAACUGCCAAAGAUACUGUGAUGACCAGCAUCAUUUUCCCGACGACUACGUACAGUGACUAUUUCUUUUGGCGCAUGUGGCAUCAAGAUCCCACUCUGAUUGGCCCGGAGGCUGUCUUUAACUACAUGCCGUCUUGGGGCCAGCACUCUCUGCAUACAUUGUCUGGCCUGACGGUUAUCUUGGACAUACUUCUCACUCCGAGAAGAAGACCCAAGAGUAUCCUACCCGGAUUGUCGUUGACGUUCGCCUUUUGUGUUGUAUAUACGCUCGUACUUAUAAUAAGUUACUACAACGGCGAUGUCGUUUACAACCUCAUCGAGAUUUUCAACAAACAGCAGCUAAUACUUCUAGUGUUGUUAGCGUUUUUAGAACACACUUUCUUUUAUACACUACAAUGGUGUAUUAUUGACACAGUGCACGGAAAAUUAGGAAAAAAUAUACAAAAAUAUGACUAAUAUUCUAUUUAAAUAAAUUUAUGUAUAGAUUUAGAUAUUAAAUUAAUUUAUAAUAAUAUUAUGUAUUGGAACUGAAAAAUUCGUAUAUAUACUGUUUAAAGUCAAAAACUUUGAUUUGAAAAA